AUGAAUCCUGGCGACAUCCGGCCAGGCUCUUCUCAGCCCCCCAAUAAUAUCGUCAUGAAUCCCGGUGACAUCAGGCUGGGCUCCCCUCAGCCUGGUGAUGAGCUCAUUCGCGCUUAUCUGAUGUCGCGUCCACCACUGUACCAGAGCUUCGACGAAACGACAGGUAUUGAUUGCCUGACCAUGGUUCUGAGGCGCCUCCACGCUCACACCAUGAUUGGACCACAUGGUUUUCUUCGCCUCCGGUCAUUCCAAGAUGCCGAGAAGGACAAUGCCAUCAUCAGGCACUCAUGGCAGAAGUUUGGGACGGAGCCCCAUGAACGCCGUGAUGCUACCGCCUCUUGGAGGAUGCUCAAGCCUGAGCUCGGCUACCACGGACUGAAGGCCGAUGCAUCUUUCGGUGAUAUUUGCACCUCAGCCUUGAUGAACAAGACAUACUGGUCGCAGAAUGAGAUGCGGCUUCUGGAGCCAAAGGUUUGCCUCGAAAGCUGGCAAAUUGUGGGCGAGAACGCAGAAGAGAUCGCCUCCUCAAGCCUCCUGAGGCUCGACCUUGACGACUCCCCUGACCUGACCCUCCAGGAUGCUGUAGAUAGGUCUUUUGGUAUAUUUGAGCGCGAGGGAAAGAGGACUAUGCAUAGGCCAUCCCGACCUUACAUCAUCCGCGUUCUGUACAACCCUGGGUCUCAGCAACGUCUCUUUUUCCAAGAGCUAAGAGGCCUAAUCCUCCCCUUCUGGACAGAAACCGGGGACAGAAAUGACCCCUUUGACAAAUCAGGAACUGCCCCAUACGUCCUCCUCGCGGUGGUUCGGAUGAGAGAGAACUCAACAGACCACGACUACGCCCGAAUGUAUGCCUGUCAUGGAUCAGAGAUCAUCUGCCAGUACGAGCACCCCCACUUCCUUAGGACUGACUGGUCAGUCGAGGACGCCGACAACAACAUGUACAUGCUGUUUUACGGUGCCGAGGGUGAGGCGCCUUUUGGAGACCCGACCACAUUUCCAGAAGUGGCACCUCCCUCCCUCGAUGAUGAGGAUAUAGAUGACCUUCUAGAUUUAGGGAAAUGCCUAGAUGAGGAAAUGAAUGAGAUGCUUCCAGAGAGGGAACCUGGCGUUACAGAGGAAGAGAACUUGGAGGGGAAUAUCCGCAUGCCUGGCCAAAAUGGAAUAUUUCCAGGUUGA